AUGGAAGGUAAGUAUCCUAUUCAGAAAGGUUUCCUCGAUGAUCACGAAAUAACUCCUCAGAUGCGUGCAAUACUGGUCGACUGGCUGGUAGAGAUUCACUUUCACUUCAACAUGCAUCAAGAAACGCUUCAUUUGUGUGUUAGCAUAGUAGACAGAUAUUUACAAGAGACAAAGGUGAUGGAACGUGAUGUUUUUCAGCUGGUUGGUGCAUCGGCAUUGCUAGUAGCUGCUAAAUAUGAAAGGACCUACAUUCCCAGAGUGUAUGAAUUCAAGUUCUUGUGUGCCAGUCUUUAUUCUAGCGCGCAGAUACUGCAUAUGGAAAAAGACAUUUUGAAAAAACUGGAUUUCAGGCUGGGCUAUCCCUUGUCAAUUCAUUAUUUGAGGAGUUGCGGUAAGAUUGCUGGGAUGCAGAGUAUACAUCACGUUUUAGCUGAAUAUUUAUUGGAGCUGGCACUUAUGAAGUAUGGAAUGAGCCAUGUGAAGCCUUCGCUGCAAGCCUCUGCGGCUUGUUGUUUAUCAAUGGGGAUUUUGGACGAUGUUAUGAACUUGUCAAAUCUGUGGACAUCUACGCUCAUAUACUAUACGGGGUACGAUUAUGCUGAGUUGGAAGAUGCUAUAGUUGGCUUCGCUAACAUUCUGGUUGAAGAUCACUCUCCCAGUUUGCAAAGUGUUAGGAAGAAGUAUGCUGGCUCAAAUUGCGCGAACAUAAGUUUGAAUCCGUUGCUGAAGGGAACUCUUGUUAAAAAGCUCGCCAAUAGGACGUCAAACAGCUGGUUAUGGUGA